AUGGAAGCUGCGUAUCAACAUAUUGUUAAGGAGGAACAUGCAGACUUGUUGCUCACUCAUCAAUAUAUUUUCUUCUCUAAGGAUUUCAAGUUGGUUUCACCAAUUGAUGAUUCGAAUGGAGUUUCGUCCAAUCCAGACGAAAAGCCAUAUUACAUGCUGUUCUUGUUGCAUCCACAGAAUCCCAUGCUUGCCAAUAUCUACCACAGUGCUUCCAUCAAGACUAUGAAAGAUAUUGGAAACAAGACGAAUCUCGAAACUAAUCCUCUCCACUCAUGGUUUCAACAGGAAUUAAUGGCCAUCGACAAGGAAAAGGAAUCUUUCGACGAAUACUUUUACUAUCUGAAAGGAAAGAAACUUGUUUCCAUGCUCAAAGUUCACGAUAACAUAUUCGAAAGGUGGUCUCAAUAUUCACAAUUCAAACAUUCUUCUCACCACUUUCUCGUCUACCUCAAAGUCUUGAAUCCAACACCACAUUCCAACGAAAACCCACUGGACGAAACAGCCGAAACUGAUCUAUUCCAAGCAACUCCCUGCAGCAUGAUCGCCUUCUCCAUAAAGGAUGCCUUCGUCGAUGGAAUGAAACACAAAAUAGCAGUUAUCGGUUCUGCAUGGGUCAAUCAAAAGAUGAGAUCCAACAAUCAUACAAAAUAUCUAACCAUGUACAUGGCAGCACUUUUACAAAAACGAAUGGGCGUUAGGUUUGGUUAUUGUAACAUAUUUGAAGAUAAUAUGAAGAGUAUUGGAGUGGGUGCUAAUUGUGGGAUGUUUGUGGGUGAGCAAAAGUUGACAUUUGUUGGAAUGAAUGUUGGCAAAGAGUUGGAGAACUUGUCAAGUGUCAGGGAAAUUGAAGAUGUGAAGGAUUAUGUGGUGGCAAUGAAGGAUUUGUAUAAGAAUGAUGGAUUGUUGAUUCAGGAUUUGAGUUGUGUGUAUAUGCAUGAUUCGUUUGCUGGUUGUUAUGUGAAUGAGAAGGAAAAUUAUUCUUUCCAAUUAUGGAAAUGUAAAUAUACAGAAAUGAAAGAAACUGGAGAGAAAAUUCCAAGUUUUAUGGUCAAUAACAUUGUAUCUAAUUGCAAUGAUGAUAAUCAUGAAGGAGCUAGACCAUUAGAUCCUUCCCAAUAUUCGAAAUUUAUUUCAGAUGUCAACCAUGCUAUAUUUUCCAAACUAGGAAAUGACAAGGUAGCAAAUGUAAUCUAUGUAACGUUGAAUGACUAUCAAUUCAACAAGUUUAUAGUUGAUUCAUAUGGAAACUCUAAUCUAAGUUUCGCAAAAUUGUACUAUGUAUUUCAAGAUUUGAAAAUUCUUGAUCCAAAACAAGUUAAAAAGAGUCCACUUAUGAAAAUGGCUCAAAAUCCAAAAGGAAAUUAUCCUAAACUGCUAUUUACUGAUGUUAGAGACUUGACUGGUAAGCCAAUGGUUUGGUCAGAAUCGAUCAAUAAGGAACUAAUUAGUUUCGGUCAACCAAGCUUAGCAGCCAAACCUUCAUUCGGUGGAUUUGCAAGUAAACUGUAA